UUUAUUGGAUUUCUGACAUUACGUUGACCUCUCAACAGCAAUUUACUGGAAUCUAUUAAAGUCUGUUUGCAUAUCGAGUUGACCAACGUUGCUUAUGAGCACAUGGAUUUGCACCUGUUGAGAGGCAUCACACUCAGACUCAUGUCAGUCUGACAGAGAGACAGCUCUCUAAAUCGCAGAGUGAAGGGUCUAUUUCAACCACAAAAGCAAAUAACUCUAUAUUGUGGAAAUGUCAGGUGUAGCAGGUCACUCAGCGAACAUUCCCAGUUCCCUUGAAGACUCCAAGUCAGAUUCUGCCACUCCCACUGUUGCAGAAUUGGAGGAGAUCUUGAAGAGCAACAAGUUCCCAUUUCACCACAUUGACGAGGUUUGGCCUAACCUGUACCUAGGAGAUAUCACGAUAGCCCAGGAUACAUUUGGCCUUUGGAAGAUGGGCAUCACUCAUGUCUUAAACGCUGCACACAAGAUGCUUGGAGGUGAUGAUUUCUAUGGCACCAGUGUGGAGUACUACGGAAUAGCAGCCAGUGACUUACCAGGGUUUGAUAUUGCUGCCUAUUUUCAUUCUGGAGGUGAAUUCAUACAUCGAGCACUUGAUACCCCAGGAGGGAAGCUCCUAGUGCAUUGUGCAGUCGGAGUCAGCAGAUCUGCCACUUUGGUGCUGGCCUACCUGAUGGUAUAUCACAGUCACUCGCUGGCGGAGGCAAUCGAGACAGUGACCGCUCGCAGACGCAUUUUUCCCAAUCGAGGUUUCCUAAAGCAGUUACGUAAGCUGGACCAGAAGCUAAAGGAAGAUAGGAAUGCUCGGAGAUCCCUCAGGAAUGUCCACCAGACCUCAUCGGGCAACGCCUCAUAACUGCUCAAAAUACCACAAAUCCGGAUUGACCAUCCUAUCCCGCAUCCGGGCCUUAAAUCAGACAACUCAACAUCCCAUUGUUUCAUAAACAGAGAUAAAGACUCCACCUCAAUUCUUAUUUUAAUCAAAAUGAGCUUCCACUGUGCGUGUUGCCAAGAGAUUUAUCUUUGAUUUCACCCUUGACUUACAGAAAGAUAAAUCAUAACAUUAUGUACUCAGGAUAGUGGAACACCCUUUUAUGUCAUGAAUUUGGUGACAAUAAAUGACAGAUUGUGGCAUACCCCACCCAUCCCCUCCCCCGGUCUUAGCAAAUGCACGCAACUCUCUACACACACUACCACUGGAUGGCUGUAAUGUUCCAUUUAAAUUCAAUAGAUAAUUUUGCACACAUUCUCAAAAAAACAGUGAAAAAUAUUCAUCUCGUAGCCUGACUGUCACAAUCUAUUUGUGUCUGUUUCAUUUACAGGCUCCAUGGUUGGAGGAGUUUUGUGAUCCACUGCCCUGCAGCCAUGCUGAUUUAUCGCAUGUUAACUCUGGGACUAUUAGUUUAAUUUGGGAUGUUUUCCAAAUCUAUUUAUUAAAUAUUUUAAAUGUUUCUUUGACCCAAGGGGAAGUGAUGUUGGAGGUGGGGGGGGGAGGAGUGGGACAUCCUUCUUUCUAAAGGGAAAUGGUGUUAUCCUGUUGAUGUGCCAGCACAUAUCCUGUGUACACAAAAAAGCAGGCAUAGUAGGAGGCCAUUCAGUCCAUUGAGCCUGAACUACUAUUUAGGGACCUUGAAAGAUUUUAUCCCAAUGCCUUGCCUUUUCACUACACCUCUUAACACCUCUCAUACCCAAUUAUCUGUCAAUCACUCUUCUAAGUAUCCUUAUUCCACAUUACCUAAUUAUAAUACUUACAAUUGAUAUAGUACCUUUCACAUCAGGAAAAAGUCCCAAAGU